AUGGCAAUUAGUAAAAUGUGUGACGAUUUUGAUACUUUUAGGAAGUUUUUUCGCGAUGAAUUGAAGGGUUCUGGAGAAUAUGAUUUUAAUUCUAGAACGUUCAAGAAAUAUUGCCCUAAAGAAAGUUGCAAUAACGAUAUUGACAAGAUUAAUGCUGGAUGUUUAUGGUUAAUUUAUGAACUUUUCGUUAAAUUGAGUUUUUCAGCUGAUCCCAAUACUCUUAAGAAUGAUUCUGUAAGCAUUAUAAUAUGGCUAGGUUAUAUUUUAAACCUAAAGCCACAUGAAGGAAUCAACACAAUAAACGAUUUUUAUUCUAAGCAUAUACAAGAUAACGCGGAGUACUCUAAGCAUAAAAUUGAUGAUAAAACCUAUACCGAUUAUAAGAAGAUCAUAGAUAAAGUAGAGGAAUAUAUGAAUAUUAAUAUUGAUAAUAUGCCUAAAUUUUAUGAAUCACUUAAAUUGUUAUGUAAUAUGUAUACUGCUUAUACGAAAAAAAAUAAUAGCGAUUUUUCAAAAUAUACUAAUAAAUUUAUUGAUAAAUAUAAAGAACUCUUUGAUGAUGAUAAAAAUAUUAAAGACAGUUCAUACAAUAAAAUAUUAAAUGUUUUAUCAAAUUAUUAUUAUUAUUUUGGAAAAGGUAUUCGCUUUAAUGAUAUGCCAAUAGAUCGUCCUUCAUUACCAACAGAAAAAACACUCAAAAAAGAUAAUCCAGAAGAUCCUAAAGUAACUAAAGCAACUAAAGGAACUGAAAUAUCGAGUGAAGAAGAUAAAUCAGAUAUUGAAACAAUUCAGAGUUAUGACACUAUAUUAUCAGGCUCAUCACUAGUAAAUAAAUUAGUUAUAGUUUUGCCGAUAUUAGCUGCAAUAGCAAUUUUUUGGGGAAUUGCUUACAAGUAUUCAUUAUUUGGAUUUCGAAAACGAUCAAAAAAACAACACUUAAGAGAAAAACUAAAAAAAUAA